CAAUUAUUAUUACAAGUAAAUCGUAUUUCAAGACUUUAGAACAAGUCUUUUUUUAAGAGAGAGAAAAAACCAGUCUUGAAAUACCGAUUUUAAGCAUGAUGACCCUGGUGUUGCACACUCAAAAUUUUGGUUCGUUUUUUUUUUUUCUUUAUUUUUUUCCUCUCGCUUGUGUUCAUAUGUCAUUUUUAUCUAGUCGAAUAAGGAUUCAAUUGAUAGUUUCGAAACGCGCUAUUCAACCUAAACUACGUUGUUUUUCGUCUUCUCGACCUCGUUUAUUGUCUGACGAGCAAUUACAAGAGAUCUUGUCCGAGAUCGAAAAACCUUUACAACGCAAGUCAGGCAGUAUAGGACACACCAAAAGUGUUUUACUCGAAUCUAUAGAGACAUAUCGACCCAAACACAAUGUCAUAUCCAAAAAAGACAUGGAAAAACUACGUACGCAGGUCUCCAACUCUUUUACUGUCCGUCAAUUAUCAGAUUAUCUUGUUGCACAGCAGAUACCCGUCAAGAAAGGUACGAGAAAAGAUGGACUUUUGACAGAAAUCAUUCAAAACCAAUGGAAUGUGACUACCAAAGAACAAUUAAGACAAGCACAAAUGGAAAGACAAAAGAACUUGGUCAAAGAAACACUUGUAUCUUCCAAACAAGAAUUGUUUUUUAUUAUUGGAGACAAUGGCAACACCAUUCGUUCUAUAGAACAAAAGAAUGAUGUGAAUAUCACUAUUGAUAUAGAAAAGAGCGAAUAUGUUAUAGAAGGUCUUCCAGAGGCUGUUCGUCAGACAAAAAAAGAUAUUCAGUCUCGCUUAAAAAUCCAGCAAGAACAUAUAGAUCUACCAGUCCAAGUCAUUCAUGAUUCUCAACUACAAUCCCAGGUGAAUCAAGCAUUGCCCGAUAUUUCCAGACUGAGUCGUACUUUUAUCACUAUAGAAGAUAAUAAGAUGGUUUUAGCAAGCAUGUCGGAUGAAGCUAUGCAAGAUGCUAAACGAUUAUUGAACCUCUUUUUAACAGAAAUCAAUGCAACAGAUAAACAACCUUUGGAUAAAGCAGAUCAUACAGUUGUACAUAACAAUGCCAGCUAUACUUUGCUACCACUUUAUGAUUCAGCAUCCAUACCAUUCUAUGAUAGAGGAUUUUAUUGGAAACGACUAAAGAAUAACACAGUUGAUACACAAAAGAAUUAUCAAGUACUGAAUGGACAAAAUAUUGGUUCAUUUGGUCAAAUUAAAGAUGUCUUGUUGGCACCAUUUGAUGUACUAGACAAUAUUUCGCUCGAAGCAAGUUUUGGUCAUCUUUUGUUUCAAUACAAUGGUAUGGAUCACCAAGUUGAUAUAGCCAAAUUAUCAACUUUAUAUAACAACAGAACUCUUUUUCUCAAUACAAUGCCCCCUCGUCAAUUCACGACACCAUUUAUGCCAUUGGAUAAAGAGUUCCAUCAACGAGUGAUUCAAGUUGACUAUGUAGACCAAUCAUUGCUUUCAAAUAACUCUCCUGCUGCAUCAAACAAUAGACUUACAUUAGAAUUUAUCAUGAAAGAAGAUGGUCAAAUGGAACUUAAGCAUAUUGUAGGUGAAAAGAAGCGAUUUGUGAUGCAUCUUCUUGGUAUACAUGGUCGCGUAGACAUUCGACUUUGUGCCAAGCAGCAAGUUUCUUUAGAAACCCUUGAAUUACAAGCACUCAUAGAUCAGUGCAAAUUACUGAGCUACAAUGAAUUGAAAGCACCAGCAUCAUUUGAAGGUUUCAUGCUUGCAGAUGUGACAUUUAGAAGUAAAAAGCGAUACUUGGUGGAAGACAAUUUGGUCAGCAUGGAUCAUAUUGAACAACAAGACAAAGGGGCCAAAAGAACAGAGCUUUUGGCAAGUAGAAAAAAAAACGAAGUCAUUCUUUAAUUAAUCCUUAUUUAUAGGUCAAAUCAAUAGAUCCAGAAACCCUAAAUGAGUCAAAUGCACCACAAAGAUGGACUUCUUUUUCAUCUGUUUUGCAGCGAAUGGCUGAAAAGUGGGAUUAUUCGAGAUAGACGCCAUACAUAUAUAUAUAUAUAAAAUGUGCACGUGAUACAGUUGCGCCCUAUACUCAAAUAAACUUCUCUACUUGCUCUGUUGUUGUGUAUAUAUUUCUUUCUUUUUCUUUCUUUUUUUUUUUUUCUUUUCACACUUUGUUUUUUUUUCUU